AACACGAAGCCUGGGAACUGCAGUGCAGCAGCUACUCGCACCAAUUCAACUCUCUCUCUCUCUCUCUCUCUCUCCUCACAUUAUCUUUACUUUUGCUCUUCGUUCCACCAUUUUCUUGAAACUCGGCGGCCUGCAAGAAAACAAAGUCUCAACAACAUUUGGGAAACUUUCAGGCCUCUCCUUGGUUUAGUGGGUCGGGUGGGCCUUUGAAGAACAUCAUCUCCAUCUUUGUCAGAACAUGCAGACUCCUACAUCAAGGCCUGGUUCUCUAGACGUGCCGCAAAAACCAUCUCCCACCACACCUAAAAUCGCCCGUAAGCUUAAAACUCCCGGAUCGAAUCAAGAUUGUGUUCCAUCUCCAAAUUCAGCUACCAAAACACCUAAAGACAAUAGCCCGAAAAUCGUCGAUCGCAAAUCGCCACGAAGAAAUCUUGCAGCUGAGAAUAAAAGACCAAACAAAGUGGCGGAAAUGGAAGCUCGAAUAGCCCAUCUUCAAGAAGAACUGAAGGCAGCAAAGAACCAGCUCAGCUCAACUGAGUCAUCUAAAAGACGAGCCCAACACGAGGCUCAAGAAGCCAAGAAACAGCUCGUCGCCACGUCAGCGGAACUCGAGUCAACACAGAAGCAACUCACUGAGCUUUGCGAGUCCGAGGAAUCUCGUGUCCACGAGUUACGUAAGAUAUCACACGAUCGAGACAAAGCAUGGCAGUCUGAGCUAGACGCGGUACAAAAGCAGCACUCGAUGGAUUCUGCCGCUCUAGCUUCCGCCAUGAACGAGAUUCAAAAGCUCAAGACUCAUUUGGAGAAAGUCUGCCAUUCGGAAGCUUCUCAAGCUCGCCACGCUGAGUCAGCGCACGCGGAAAUUCGAAGCUUGAGAAACGAACUUACGGAAACUCUUUUGUUGGUUGAGAAAUUGAAGGAGCAGUUGAACGAUAGCAGAGAGUACGAAGAUCGUGCGUUGGAAGAAGUGAAUAGAGCUCGAAUGCAAUUGGAAGUUGUGAGGAAUACUGAAGCAACCCUUAAGAUGGAGAAGGCGAAUACUGUGGAAUCGUACAACUCAUUGCUUGCGGAGUUGGAGGAGUCGAAGAAUCGAAUGGAUUCAUUGGAGGAACUUUCCGGAAGCUUCCAGAUUGAGAAUGAUUUGAAAGAUGAGGUGAGCCAAUUAAGAGGCGCGCUCGAUGCAGCUGAAAGAAGGUACGAAGACGAGUACGUACAAAGCACUGUACAGAUUAGAAACGCUUACGAAGUGGUAGAGCGUGCGAGAUCCGAAUCUUGCAAGAGAGAAUCCGAAUUGGAAACGAAGCUUAAAGAAUCGAUGGCCGAAGUCGAGGAAUUGAGGAACAAACUAAUCGAAAAAGAAAACGCUUUGGAGAGUUUUUCGUGCGAGAACUGGGGACUUAGUCUAAAGCUGGAGCAAAACCAGACGAACGAAAUCGAGCUAGAAGAGAUGAAAGCGAGUUUACUGGAAAAAGAGGCGAAGAUGAAAAUUGUUAAAGAAGAAAACGAGAUGCUGAAAAAUGAAAUCUUGGAGAGAGAAAAGGAGAGGAGCAGAGCGAAAAACGAGGCGGUUGCGUUUAGAGAAGCGGAAAGGGAGGCGUUGAAAAAGGUGGAGUCUUUAACAGAGGAAGCGGAUAAGAGUGUUAGAAAAGCUGCACGAGUUACUGAGCAGUUGGAUGCGACUCAGGCUUCGAACUCGGAAAUGGAAGCUGAGUUGAGGAGGUUGAAAGUGCAGCAUGAUCAGUGGAGAAAGGCUGCUGAAGCAGCUGCUGCAAUGCUCUCUAACGGCGGCGGCGGUAAUUAUAAUAAUAAUGGGAAGUAUUUGGAUCGAACGGGCUCGUUGGAUUAUCAUAGUAUCGAUAGGAAGUUGAGUUCGCAGUGUUGUGAAGAUUCGGACGAGGAUUUGUCGCCGAAGAAGAAAAACGGGAAUGUGCUGAGGAAGAUAGGUGUGUUGUUGAAGAAAGGGCAGAAGUAAAAUUAUUUUUUGGCAUGUAUCUUUUUUUUUUUUCUUUUUUGCAAGAGCAAUUUCUGCUGUGUUGUUGUUGUUGGAUUUAUCUUGUAAUAAUUUUUUUUUGUUCAUCCUGUUAUUUGGUUGAUUUAUAGACAGGCUUACUGUACUAGAAAUAAAUGUAUUUUUCUGUUCUU